CCACCGUGGCACUAACAUAAUUAUAUAUAUAUACAUACAUACACAUCUGCUGUGUCCUCAUCUUAAACAAAUAGUACUCUUUACUUUUUCAUUGAAUUGAAAAAAAAAAAAAAACUGAUGGAUUCCCAAGCAGCAUCAAAGAAGCCAGCGAACGAUGAGGAGCUUGAGAAGUUUUUACACGGAGUGACUAUUGCUAGCGUUGAUGUGCUUCCGAAUAUUAACACGGUUCUGCUUCCUAAGGGAGCUGAUGGUUCGUCGUCUCAGACCGAGAAGGAUUCACCGGCUGAAAAGUCUCCCAAGAAGGCGGCUUGAAAAACGUGUUUCGGUUACAUCUUGUUUUUUUUUAAGGGCUGUUGUUAAUCUGGUUGAAUCCAGUUGAAGAUUAUGUUUUAAGACAUUUGUAAUGAAUGGACUGAUUUCCGGGUAGCUUUCUCGGUUUAUGUUGUAUUAAAUAAAUAAUAAUCUCUUUCUACA